GGUCCACCCAGUCUGCGCACAGCCUGUCACCCACCACGAAGCGAAGAAUGACUGUGUGUUAAGAGCAAAACGAAUACGUUAGGCCCUAUUUUUCGUAAGACUAUAUGAUGUAGGCUCUGACAUCGGUCAGGAGGACCAAUCAACCAGUAGGAUAGGUGCAGAAAGUAACACCCUUUCGACGGUGCCCUGGUUCACAACUUUCUCUCGCAGUGGGGAAAUUCUCCGGAAAACUUUCACAGAUGGACCUUUGUGAUGCACCGGUUCCAUGUAAAGCUAAUCAACUUGCCUUUUUUAAAUUUGAAUAGAUUAUACAGAUAGUUCGUUUGCCCUCCCCCUGUCUGUCCUUCAAAGAGCACAAUUGACAAUGUGGUUUCAAUUACUCUCCGGAAUAGUAGCGCGCUCGCUCGUGCACUUGGUCGCUCGCAGGCACGCGUGACGUCACUCACACAGAAAGCGGUUCUCUUCGGUGCGGGAGAGCGGCACUUCUUCUCCGCGGUUGGGGCGAGAGAGCUGGAGGCAACAGAGUGAAGGAGUGAAGUGGACACCUAACUUUUUUUUUCCUCAACCCUGCUUAAAAUUCCAACACUGCAAUCACUCUCAUCGGCUGUAAAAUGAUCAUUCAACGAAACGUUGGUUUUGACUGGAAAAUUCAACAACCUCUCCAUCCCUGACAGCUUGUUGUGAAUAACGGGAUAUAUAUCUCUGGAACUGUAUUCUGUCUCACAUCGAAGGUUUCGCCUUUUUCUGGAGUUAUAAGGCAUACCAUUGGUGUCGUCAACUUUUCUUUCACCGACUCCUGACCCCACCCCCUGACCUUCCCAAGAUGGAGAUGGACAUGGACGACGGGCAGUGCUACUACAACGAGACCAUCGCCUUCUUCUACAACCGCAGCGGCAAGUACCUGGCGGAGGACUGGAACGCGGUGAGCACGCUGGUGAUGGGCCUGGGCAUCACGGUCUGCAUCUUCAUCAUGCUGGCCAACCUGCUGGUCAUGGUGGCCAUCUACGUCAACCGCCGCUUCCACUUCCCCAUCUACUAUCUCAUGGCCAACCUGGCGGCCGCCGACUUCUUCGCCGGCCUGGCCUACUUCUACCUGAUGUUCAACACGGGCCCCAACACGCGGCGGCUCACCGUCAGCACCUGGCUGCUGCGCCAGGGCCUCAUCGACACCAGCCUGACGGCGUCCGUGGCCAACCUGCUGGCCAUCGCCAUCGAGCGCCACAUCACCGUGUUCCGCAUGCAGCUGCACACGCGCAUGAGCAACCGGCGCGUGGUGGUGGUGAUCGUCAUCAUCUGGACCAUGUCCAUCGUCAUGGGCGCCAUCCCCAGCGUGGGGUGGAACUGCAUCUGCAGCAUCAGCUCCUGCUCCAACAUGGCGCCGCUCUACAGCAACUCCUACCUGAUCUUCUGGGCCAUCUUCAACCUGGUGACCUUCGUGGUCAUGGUGGUGCUGUACGCGCACAUCUUCGUCUACGUGCGCCAGCGCACCAUGCGCAUGUCCCGGCACAGCUCGGGGCCGCGGCGCAACCGCGACACCAUGAUGAGCCUGCUGAAGACUGUGGUCAUCGUGCUAGGUGCCUUCAUCGUGUGCUGGACCCCGGGCCUGGUCCUGCUGCUGCUCGACGUCUUCUGCGCCAGCUGCAACGUGCUGACCUUCGAGAAGUUCUUCCUGCUGCUGGCCGAGGUCAACUCGGCCAUGAACCCCAUCAUCUACUCCUACCGCGACAAGGAGAUGAGCAUCACCUUCAAGCAGAUCCUGUGCUGCCAGCGGCAGGAGAACGUCAACGGCACCGCCGAGGGCUCGGACCGCUCCGCCUCCUCCAUCAACCACACCGUCCUCAGCGGACCGCACAACAACGACCACUCGGUGGUGUGAGGUGCGGAGGAGGAGGGUGCGUGCGCAGAGGAGGGUGUGAGGUGCGGAGGAGGAGGGUGCGUGUGC